AUGAAAAUGAAUGUAAUGCGACCAUGUAUCCCUGUCAUGAAGAUGCAUUUUGUAACAACACAAUUGGGUCAUUUGAGUGCAUUUGUAAAGAUGGUUUUGAAGGAAAUGAUACACACUGCCAAGGUAUAGCAGAUGUCUCUAUCACUAUCUAAACGAAUGCAGGUUUGUUGAAAGUAUUGUCCGUGCAAGCGUUAAAGGUCAUAUCUUUCAAGAAAAGCUUAUCUUUCUACCUUUUGAAACCAUAUCACUCCCUUAAAUAUUUCCAUUACACCAAUAGUAUGUCUCUUCGGAUGGUCACAAUUUAAAAGAAAUCAAGAGAGAUAUCUAAACGACGAAAUAUUUCUCUGAAAACAGAAAUUCUGCUUCAGUGUAUUAGGUUUUUACAUUCCUGAUAUAAAACCGCAAAACUCAAAACCGCCAAACUGCGAUCUAUAAGCACGCAAAGCACAAUGAAAAUGCAUACAGUAUGUAAUUAAUGGUCUGACAUGCACUCGCUAGCUAUGGUUCCCAUACCCAACAAGCCCUUUUGUUAUCGUUUUUAUUUCUUUGUCUCACGUCACGCAAUUCAAGAACAAACCCAGCAGAAUCCAUUUGAAUUUUAAACGUUUUAACGUUGUUUGUUGGACAUGCUUGACACCUUCAGGAAUUCAAUUCACUUGAUUAGCACGCCUGUUGUGUUUUUCGCGCUUCGAGGUGACGAGCUCAACAUUUUGCGGUUUUCAAAGGGCAACCUGUAUUGAAUCAGUUGUAUAUGUGGUUGCGAGAAACUCACAUUAACGUGCAUUGAAAUAUUUUAGAUAUCGACGAGUGCGAUCGUGAAAUGCAUGAAUGUGAUGGCAAUGCAACAUGUACCAAUACAAGAGGAGGUUACAACUGCACCUGUUAUGACGGUUUCAGUGGCAAUGGAUUUGAUUGUGAAGGUGAAGUACAGUUGUCUUUUUUAA